ACCUGCUGAACGGAUUGUAUUAGUUUUGCAGCUUUUGGGGGAAUUUAAGUGCGCCUUCAAGUGCGUUCAGGAAUGUGAUGUUAAUUAAAGUGAAGUGAAUUCCUUAAAUAAAGUUGAUUGGUUUAGUUUGGUCACAGCUGUAAAGUUUUGCCCUCAAACCCCACCGGCAGCUCCCGUGUCGGACCAGACACACCCGCGCUGUGUGUGUGUGUGUGUGUGUGUGUGUGUGUGUGUGUGUGUGUGUGUGUGACGAAGCGGCGGACAAACGGAGGAGUUGUUGUGGGGGAGCAGGAGGAGGCGAGGUGGACAUGGUCCACCGUCGGCGCGUCUCUCUGCGUCUCACUUGUUCGUGCAAAACUCCGGCAGGUUCGCCCUCUGUGGUACUAGGUGCCGGACUCGGGUCGGGAGUUGGGAUUCUCGCUGUUGGAUCUACAGGAUGCAUCAUCACUUGAACUCGCACAAUGUCCAAGCUGAAGAAGAGCGGAUCUGCCUGACAAGUUCGCCUCACAUUUUCUUCUAAGAAACCCGUCUUUUUUAAGCCGACAUACGAAAUCCCCUGCAGCGCAAUGAUUUUAACAACUUUUGUCUUUAUAUUGACCUUCCCGGACUCCACGCUCACCUUGCGGGGUGACAGCAGCCCGACCUCCCGGGCCGUCCGCCUGGACUGCGUAAAAGCCAGUGAACAAUGUCUGAAGGAGUACAGCUGCAGCACCAAGUACCGGACGAUGAGGCAGUGCGUGGCGGGAAGGGAGAGCAACUUCAGCGCGGUCACCGGUCUGGAGGCGCAGGGCGAGUGUCGCAGUGCCAUAGAAGCCAUGAAGCAGAGCCCCCUGUACAACUGCAGGUGUAGAAGAGGCAUGAAGAAGGAGAAGAACUGCCUCCGGAUCUUUUGGAGCAUAUUUCAGAGUUUACAGGGUAAUGACUUGCUGGAAUACUCUCCGUAUGAACCAGUCAAUAGCCAGCUCUCCGAUAUCUUCCGCCUCGCCCCCAUCAUAGCUGGUGAGCCUGCGUCCACAAAGGAGAACAACUGUCUGAAUGCUGCCAAGGCAUGUAACCUGAAUGACACAUGUAAGAAAUACCGCUCAGCUUACAUCAACCCCUGUACUAGCAGGGUGUCUGCCUCUGAGGUCUGCAACAAGCGCAAAUGCCACAAGGCCUUACGUCAGUUCUUUGACAAGGUUCCAACUAAAUACAGCUAUGGGAUGCUGUUUUGCUCCUGUCCAGCGGGGGAUCAGACAGCGUGUGCAGAACGCAGACGACAAACAAUUGUACCCGCCUGCUCCUACGAGGAUAAAGACACACCUAACUGUCUGUCUCUUCAGAACGCAUGCAAGACCAACUACAUCUGCAGGUCAAGGUUGGCAGACUUCAUCAGCAACUGUCAGCCUGAAGCCCGCUCCAUAUCUGGCUGUCUGAGGGAGAACUAUGCUGACUGUCUGCUGUCUUACUCGGGUCUCAUUGGUACGGUCAUGACACCCAAUUAUGUGCGAUCACUUGGUAUUAGCCUGUCACCAUGGUGUGACUGCAGCAGCAGCGGGAACAGCAAACCAGACUGUGAAAGAUUUGCUGAGUUUUUCACCAACAAUCGAUGCCUACGUAAUGCCAUCCAGGCAUUUGGAAAUGGCACAGAUGUUGGAGUCUGGCAACCCCAACCCCCUAUUCAGCCUACUGUACUCGAGCCUAGCAUCACUCGAAGGGGUAAAGACCGAACCAGCAAUGCGCUUGACGCACUGACAGACAUGACCAAACUGGAUCUUGAUGGCGACUCUUUAUAUCACAUCUGCGGGACUUUACAGGCCCAAAAACUGGUGUCAAAUCAAACAAUAGACACUGCUCUGUGUGUGAACCAUCAACUGGAUGAGUCCAAUGGCUCAAAUGCAAUUGCUAGAAGCUGGGCAGCUGCACUCGCCCGGCGACACCCCUCCAGCAUGCUCCUCACCCUAGCCUUUGCUUUAACACCAGUGGUAUCGCCGCUUGAUGAUUUCCAGCUUUUGUAGGAUCAACACUCAAACGUGAUUCAGCUCAUUUUACUUUAGACACCUGAAUUUGUCUUGGAAUGGCACAGUGACAACACUGAAAUGGGGACAACGGCGGAUUUUAUCUGCUUGCACGUGGACUGGUGCUUUGUUGAAAACACACCUGUUGAGACUAUCGCUCUGAUACCAGCUCGUCUGGCUUCCAUGCCUCACUGGGGGGGGGGAUUUGGUGACUUCGGUGACUCAGAUUCACAUUUGGGAACACUCGUGUCUUGGAGUUAAACCCCGCGUUCUGAUAAAUUCACUCUGUUGGAAUGUGUGCAACCAGUGCACAUAUGACUGAACGGGCUACCGAUGUGCUGAGCAGCGAAGUGAGGGUAAAGAUCUUUGUCUCUUUAACUGUGUUUUGAUUUUUUUUUGUCCUCCCAAUAAACUUGCUUUAGCUCAACAAAGAGGAAAACCUAAGUGUCGAUCUUAAAGUGUCGUCUACGUUAUGUCAGACACACUGUACGAAAUAUGUUUCAUAACUCAUUUAAACACGUUUUGUCAGAGUGUCCUCAAAGGACAAAGAGAGAUCAGCCAUAAGAAAGUAAGAAUCUUCUCUUCUACAUAUUCAGUACUUAGGUAUAGAUCAGUUUUGUAGAUUUGAUUGUUAUGGUGGUUUGUGGUUUUAUCACAUCGCCUCUAAAAGAACAUUUUGUACAUAAGAUACAUAAUGUGUACACUCUAUUACAGUAUGCUGCUGUUAGCUCGUAACAUAUUGUCUGUAAUGUUUUUGGAAGUCUUUGUCAGUAACUGAGGACUGAGGCCUCUCAGCUUUAUCCGGUGUAGCUAUGAUUUCUAAAAUGUGAUGGGGUACGGUUCUUUACUCAUGUGGUUACAGAUAUGACUUUGUGUGAUUAUAUUUUCAUGGCGAAGUGAAUAAUGUCAUCUCAAACAGUAUUUUUCUUGAGGAUUAUCAAACUAUCUGUAACAACAACAAGAACAUGAAGUAUUAAAAGUGUCUUAUGGCUAAAACAAAGUAAAGUUAUUAAUCUGUUCUACUGAAAGUGAGUAUGUUUUGAUGGCUGGCCCUGUUUGGUUUUAUUUUUUUUUUUUUAAUUGCUGUUUCUUGGUA